AUGGAAUCACGGUGAUUUAGUGAGCCGCUGUCAGAAAUGAGGAACAUAAAACAGUCGUCAUAUUUCCUUGAUACAAGCUGAUGUGGAAUGUGUAUUACUAUAUUCGAGAAGAGUGCUUAGUGGGGGACCAAAUCGAUCGCCUGGCACGUGGUGGACAAAAAUGUAAACAUAGUUAUAGUUGACCUGCUAGUGAUAUAUAGGCGUGGUCUUUAUGUCCGGCAACACUGUCUGAAGCAAUCCGUGACAUGCUCCUUGACAAAUUGACAUGUGUUUAAUUUGAGGUUAUGUAUUGUGCUAUUGAAAACAGGGAAGAGGAUAGAAAAGUUCACGCUGAGGUGUAAUGGGCAAAGCAAAGAAAAUGAAACCUUCGGAAACUGGAACGACCAGAGCACCCUUAGAAGCUGAUAUCCAUGACGCAAAAUUUGCCAGAAGUAAAAAUAGAAGUAAAAUACGUCUUAGACAAGAUGACGACCAACAGUUUGUAGAUUCGUCAUUAUCUCGUAAAAUUUUAUCAGCUGCAAGGCAACAGCAGAGAGAACUAGAAUCAGGCCAAGAAACUGCUUCAGGUGCAAAACCAGUAGUUCCAGAACUGACUAUUGAGGGCCACUCAGAUUCAGAAGAUGAGGAGGAUACUUUGGAACCAGAUACAUUUUAUGAAAAUAUUCAGAUUAAUGAAGAGGAUGAAAAGGCAAUGGAAAUGUUCAUGAACAGAAACGCAGCUCCAACUAGGACACUGGCAGAUAUCAUAAUGGAAAAAAUUACAGAAAAGCAGACUGAGCUGGGAACACAGUUCAGUGAUGUGGGAUCUCUACAAAUACAAGAUAUUGACCCUAGAGUGAAGCAGAUGUAUGAGAGUGUUCGAGAUGUUUUAAGAAAAUAUAGGAGUGGAAAGCUACCUAAGGCAUUCAAAAUUGUUCCUAAGUUGAGGAAUUGGGAACAAAUACUUUAUAUCACAGAUCCACCAAGCUGGUCAGCUGCUGCGAUGUACCAAGCCACAAGAAUUUUUGCAUCAAAUCUAAAAGAAAAGAUGGCUCAACGAUUUUACAAUCUUGUACUACUACCUCGUAUCAGAGAUGAUUUGGCAGAGUAUAAAAGACUAAAUUUCCACUUGUACCAGGCCCUAAGAAAAGCACUAUUCAAACCUGGAGCCUUUAUGAAAGGUAUCCUUUUGCCACUUCUAGAAAGCGGUAACUGCACCUUACGAGAAGCUAUCAUAGUGGGUUCAGUUGUAGCAAGAAAUUCGAUACCAGUAUUGCACUCAUCAGCAGCGAUUUUGAAGAUUGCAGAAAUGGAUUAUGUCGGGUCUAACUCUAUCUUCCUCAGGAUCUUUUUUGAUAAACGAUAUGCUCUGCCAUAUAGAGUUGUGGACGCUUGUGUCUUCCACUUUUUGAGGUCAGAUGUCUUUUCACCUGGAAUGUAAAUAUUGGAUGGAAUUCUGAUCCCAUUAAUGCUUAUUCAAUGUGCAAAUUUUGAUUAUUUUAGCAACUGUGAAGAUUUUAUAACCAACAAGGCGCAUAGCUCAAAUUUGUGUUAAAAUGCAAUGUUUCUUGUAUAUAAACAUACAUGUGGAAAAUCCGCAGAUUUGGACCAUGGUACAGGCGUAUAGCUCGGCUACGUUAUAAGUAAGGUAAUCGCGAGCGUUACGGCUUGAUUAGCGACAGGCAGUAUGGUUUCCGGCACCAGCGUUCUACAGGGGAGCUCCUAGCUUACGUCACGCAACUGUCCCAGUCUUAUGGUGAGGCUCAUGUCGUUGCUCUUGUUAUCACGAACGCGUUCGAUCAGCUGUGGCACGCUGUCCUCUUAUGCAAACUUUCAUCCGUUGGCCUCCCAGAGAAGCUUAUCAGAUGGGUGGCUGACUUUCUCUCUGGCCCCAAGAUAUCCUUCGUUAUUGACGGAUUCCUCUUACAUAUCAACGACCUAUUUUCUUGCACGGUAAAUCCAAUCCACAGCUUUGCUAAUGACAGCACCCUAUAUACAGGAAUUCAGAGCGACAAGCCGAUCUCUGCCGGUGAUCUAGAAAAAAGAAUACUAGCAGUGACUUCCUCUCUGACGAGAGAUCUGAGGCUAUCAUUCAACAACAAUCUUGUACAUUCUAAAGCACAGUACUGUACCUUGACGAACAAAAAGCGUCCCAACGCUCAUCCAGUUUCGAUGGAUGGCCGCGUUCUGCCAAAGGGCUAUUCAUUUCGGCUGGUCAAAGUCCAGAUCGCCGAGGACUUGAUCUGUCACGAACAGAUCUCAGCAAUAGCGGCAGCUGCUGAGAAAAAGCUAGGGCUGAGAAGUACUUUUCUCCGCAUGACCUCCUCACUCCGUACUAUACUAUGGACGUUAUCACUGCAUGGGGACGCAGCAAUCUUGUACUGUAGUAUGUAAUGCUUCCAAAUCACAGUGACUUGACGGACAGAAAGCGUCCUAGCGCUCAUCGGGUUUCGAUGCAUGGCCGAGUUCUGCCAAAGAGCCCUUCAUUUCGGCUGGUCGGAUCACCGAGAACUUUAUCUGGCACGACCUCAUCUCGUCAAUAGCAGCAGCUGCUGGGAAGAAGCUAGGCUAUUUAUUUAGGGCUAAGAAGUUAUUUGCUCCACAUGACCUACUCACUCUAAACAAGGCCCAGAUAAGACCUAGCCUCGACUAUUGCUCACACGCUUGGGAUGCUGUCGCCCUGACAACAUUAUCUAUGCUCGAUGCUGUCCGGAGGAGGGCUGACGGACUGAUCGAUGAAUCCUCUAUAACAGGGACCCUUUCGCACCGGCGGGACGUCGGCGAUCUAGCUCUCUUCUACCGUUACACCGACGGGCUUUGCUCCUCAGAGCUCAGUUUCAUGAUGCCGCCGCGCGAUGUGCUUAUCAGACUUCGGCCUCCCAUCCUAACCGUGUCGAACUUCGUACAUUCAGAACUGGCCGAUACGACCGCUCCUUUGUCCCGAGGGUGUCAAGGUUAUGGAACAAUCUACAAGAUGAGUUUUUUCCCAGUUCUACUAACCUUAGGCAGUUUAAAAAUCGGAUUCACAAAAUUUCUUUGGGAUCCUCAUAGCAGCCUUAGCAUUUUUAGGUUCUGCCUGCACGGCUGCUUCGGCAUUAGAAAACUUCCAAAAUAACAUGAAAAGUCCUGUAAACAUAAGCCCUAAAAUGUCCCAAUACCAUAGUACGGGGUGUGGAAUUUUUUAUGCCACUGAUCAAAUGCAUUGUGAUAAAGUAUUCUUCGAAUAACUAUAUGCUCAGAUGGUACAACCUCCCCAUCGUGCUAGAUAAUAUGAUUUUCAAUGUCAAAGUUGAAUACUAAUUUCCAAAGUCGAAAUAAAUAAAUUCUUGUAAUGGCUAUGGUUAAAGAACCAUCAGUCACGUUAAAAGGGUAAAGGAUGUCAUGAUACAUCUAAAUAUCACGUCGGGGUUUGGAAAUAAAAAUACUUUUUUGUGCCUUCUUUUACUGAGUUGUGUGUUUGUACCUUUGGAUCGUCAAAUUUAUCCUCAUUGUUACAAAAGAAGUACUGUGAAGCCUUAACAAUAAAUAAAAGUUCAGCUACGAGCAGAUGGUGUACUGUAUGAUUAGGUGUUCAGGGAGUAAAGGCUCACCAUUCAGAUCGCUGUCUUUUAAGGUUUCUUUAGAGCCCGUUAUUUUUAUUGAGAAUUGCCCACAUUUAUUUGUUCAAAGGCUCAACUAUCGAUUCCCGGUGAUAUAGAACGGUACAAUUUUCUGUUUUUAUCCUCAUUCGAACGAUAAUCUAAAUUCUUAUCUCACCCAUAGUCCCAUAGUCGUAAUAGAUAUAACUAUAUAUGUAUCUCGUUCAUAAUAAGGGCGUAUGUAGAUUUGCAGCGGUGCGUCGCAGUAUGUGUUCCAAUUUCUAACAUUAAGUUUUACACCGAAACCAAAAAUUGUUUUUAUACUGGAUCCUGUUGUAUACCCUUAUUUCUUACAUUAUGAUAUGUAAGUGUUACACCGAAACCAAAAAUUGUUUUUAUACUGGAUCCUGUUGUAUACCCUUAUUUCUUACAUUAUGAUAUGUAAGUGUUAUACCGAAAGCAAAAAUUGUUUUUAUACUGGACUCUGUUGUAUACCCUUAUUUCCAGGUUCCAAAACGAUCCCCGUGAACUUCCGGUGCUGUGGCAUCAGGCAUUUCUUACUUUCGUCCAAAGAUACAAAGCAGAUAUUUCAAGUGAACAACGUGACGCUCUGCUGGAACUUUUAAAAAAGCAGUCGCACCACGCUAUGACCCCUGAAAUAAGGAGAGAAUUGCAAAACGCCAAGUGCAGGGAUUUAGAGGAGGCGGAGCCGAAAAUGGAUUUCUAAUAGAUUUACGUGUACAUUAAAGUGAAUUAAUUUGUUUGAAUAAAGUAUUAU